CAUUGGCGUUUGAGGGGGUCUCGCACGUUCUGGGAAGCUCCAUCUGCUUGGCCUGGGUCAUUCCUACCGGUUUAGGAGAAUGUUUCCUAGCAUCCUGCUGCUUUUUCUUCACCUGAUGGGCCAGGCAAAGGUCACUCAGCCCUGCCCCGAGGCUUGUAUCUGCUUCGAUGAGACGGUUUUCUGCUCUGAUAAGGAAAUAGCCUACAUCCCCCGAAACAUUCCACCAGGGACCUUGGAAAUCAUCUUUGUGGAAACCCCCAUAUGUGAGGUGGAGACCAGGGCCUUCAGCCACUGCAGCUCUCUAUCCAAAGUGGUCUUCCUCAACACCAGACUCAAGACCCUAGAACGGGAUGCAUUUGGCGGUCUGCCCAAACUUAGAGACCUAGAAAUCACGGGCAGCCCACUUGGUGGCCUGAGAGCUCAGGCCUUCUCCGACCUGACCAGACUCAGCAAACUCACUGUCAACUUCAAUUCCCUCACAAGUCUGGAAGUGGGGACCUUCGAUGGGAUGGGAACCUUGGAGGAACUUCACUUGAAAGGGAACAGAUUUCAAAAUCUGACGGAAGGGGUUUUCCACCCCCUGACCUACCUGAAGACCCUCAACCUAGCUCAGAACAGGCUAGCCCUGGUCCCUGAGAAACUUUUCGAGCCCCUCGUUCACCUCCGGAUCCUGAAGCUGAGCGACAACAAUAUCUCCACCCUUCCCCAAUGUGUGUUUUGGACUCUAACACACCUCGAGGAGCUCUUCCUGGAUGGCAAUGGGAUCCUGGAGCUUUCUCCCGAUAUCUUCUCGAGGCUAUCCCAGCUGCAACACCUGUGGCUGCAGAACAACUCCAUCGCCCACCUCCCUUCCUCCAUCUUCUCCUCGCUGGGGACCCUCACCUUCCUCAACCUGGAAAGGAACCAGCUCCAGCAGGUCCCCGCCGGCCUCCUGGGUCAGACCCUCAGCCUGGAAAGGCUGUCUCUGUCCCACAACCGGCUGAAGACCCUCGACGAGGAGACAUUCCGAAACCUCUCCAAACUCAGCACCAUCGAGCUGUCCCAUAACCUCCUCUCCGCCCUCCCAGCUGGCAUCUUUCAGGACCUGACCGGUGUCACUGAGCUCUACCUGGGCAGCAACAACCUGACGUCCUUGCACCGGGACCUUUUUCAAAAUCUGAGCAGGCUGGGGAAGCUCAGCCUCCCCAACAACCGGCUGGAGACACUCCCAGAGGGAAUCUUCGACUCUAAUUCCAAACUGUUCAACCUCGCCCUCGGAGGCAAUCCUUGGGCCUGUGACUGUCACCUGGCCUACCUUUCAGACUACCUCCAGAUGUUUAUGGAUGGGAUGGUGGAUGGCCAAACCUACUGCGACAGCCCCGCCCACCUCAAUGGCUCAGAUCUUUUGAGGCUCCGACUGGAUCAGCUGGUGUGUCCGCUAACCCCGGGUGAGGCCCGACUCCAUUUUUCCCAGUCGGAGAAGCAGGAACUGGGCGGCCCCUGGGAUCCAACUAUUGGGGACAAAGCCCCCGGCUCCUGCACCUACAGAAACCCCGAGGGGACCGUCAUCCUGUCCUGCGACCGAUCGACGUGCCGUUGGUUGAGCCUUCACUUGCCCCCCAGGAAGGAUUCUGGCUCUCCUGGGCUGGCUUACAAUUCUAGCCAGGAUUGGGUUUUGGAUUCGAAUUGUGGUUCGGUCCGACUCACUGUAGCUGUCGAUGCCUUGGGAGGAGAAGGGUAGAUGAGGUCAUUGGUUACCCUCGCGCUUAUCAAUUCAGGAUAUGAACCCAGAUGGUGUCCCUGAAGGUCAAGAGAUAGAAAUCCAUCGGGGGCUUCCUGGCUGAAGAAAUCACACCUUCCUCUAGGGUGGAGGUGUCGACUCAAGCCGAUGUUCCCCUCUCUCCUUGGGCCUGAAUUGUUCAUGGCCUGCCUCUCUGACUCCGGUGGCUUCCCGCUUUCUUGCCCUUAGCAGUCUUUCCAAUACCGGCACUGGUUUGGAGCCUUCCUUAGUUUCUGGGGAAUGGCUGUCAAUGUUGUAUCCACGACCAGUAAACACAGAGGAUAUCAAAAGCCA